UUCAAGCCACUUGCCGAGAAUUCUACCCAUUUCCUUAUCGAAACUUCCCAAACGCUCUUGCAUAAAAAUAACAAUCAAGUGGCAUUUACAAUCAUAAAACCAUAUCCUCUUCAAAUUAAAAAGGAAAGAAUUAAAAUCCAAAGUAAACCAGGAUGGAGGCUCCUGUACUGGUAAGUAACACCUCUUCCCAGCCUAUGCCAGACAGUAAACCUUCACCCUGGGGUAUGCCAGCUGUAACUGUUGAGCCAGUCUCAUUUGCUGAAGUAAUGAGUGAACAGCUAGCAUGUUCAUUACAUCAAGAUGAAGAAAACCAAAUGGAGAAAAGUAUGAGCCACACAUUGGAAGACUUGGAAGUCUGGGAUCAAACAGAAGGAAGUACUGACUGCAGUAACGAUUUAAUAUUGGCACAUCUAUUACAGAUGGAGUACGACCGUGAACAUGAUGUAUGCCUUGUUAGACAAGAACAAAAGUUUAAUGGAAGCAGCAAAGUUUCAGUGUCAUUCAAUAACUACCGUCGGCUUCCUCGUGAAAUGUUAUUUGAUUCUGAUGAAGAUGAUGAUGAAGAGAUUGGUGCACAACACUGGGAUAUGUUUGAAAAGGCAGAAAAGUCUUCUCCAGCAAUUGGUAGAAGUGGAUUUACUCGCCAUGGUGGCGAGAUCACAACCAAGCAUGAUCCCAUUAUCUGUAGUCACAGGAAUGCCUGUCGCGUGAUGGAGUUUCCUCCUGGCUUCCUGACAGGAGAUGGAGGGAGUUUUGAUAUGAAAUUGUCUAAUCAUGUAUACAACAAAUUAAAAGUUCAUUCUUAUGCUGAACAACGUCGUGCUGCUCGUCUUCAUGAUAAAAAGGAAAAGUCCACUGCUGAACACUCCCUUGAUCCCAAAACUCGAUUGAUCUUGUACAAGCUGGUCAAUCAAGAAGUUUUGGAAGGUGUGAAUGGUUGUAUAAGUGUUGGGAAAGAAGCCAGUGUAUUUCAUGCUUGGGGAGGAAAACCUGCUGAUCAGAUUGUGCCUGGUGAAUGUGCUAUUAAAGCUUUCAAGACAACACUUAGUGAGUUUAAAAACAGAGAUAAAUACAUCAGAGAUGAUUACAGAUUUCGUGAACGCUUUAACAAGCAAAAUCCUCGCAAAGUAAUUCAUAUGUGGGCUGAGAAAGAAAUGCAUAAUCUGACUAGAAUUCGAAAAGCUGGCUUACCUUGCCCAGAAGUAGUGGCUUUAAAGAAGCAUGUCUUGGUCAUGACAUUUAUUGGUAGUGACCAGAAACCUGCCCCAAAGCUGAAAGAAGCAAAACUGUCUCUGGAACAGUUUAACCAAGCAUAUUCCCAGACAGUUGAGGUUGUGAAGCGAUUGUAUAAAGAUUGUCACCUGGUUCAUGCUGAUCUAAGUGAGUAUAACCUUUUGUGGCACAACAGCCAAGUGUGGGUAAUUGAUGUCAGUCAGGCUGUUGAGCCCAACCAUCCUCGAGCCUUGGAAUUUUUGCUGCGUGACUGUACCAACAUUUCAACGUUCUUCAAGAAACAAGGAGUGGGUGAUGUAAUGGGACCAAAGGAACUGUUUACUCUUGUUUCUGGCUUGCAACUACCAGGAGAAGGAGCCGAACUACUGUCUGAGAUUCAAAACUAUGAACGAGAUGAAGAGAUUUUGGCCCAUGGCUGCAGUGAUAAAUCAGAUUACUUUGAAAUUUUAUUUUCAAAGGUUCAAACUCAAAAUACAUAAUAGCUUACUAAUCUAUGAUAUUGUUUUACUUUUACUUGAAAAUGUAAUUGUUUAAAACCAUUAAUCAAAAUCAGUGUCUAUAAGAGCAAACAUACAUGGUUUGGGUUGAUUUUCACACGUGAAGUCGGUUAUAAAACUUUAGUUUAAUAAAGCAACUUUUUCGAUAUUUGAUUUUAAAAAAACCAUGAUCCACUAUAGAAAUUUUGUUUAGGAAAUUUUACUUUGCUUUCUUUCCCGCAGAAUUUUGGGCUGCAAACACAUCUUGUACUUUAUGGGAUUGAAAAAAGAAAUAAAAUUUAAAAAUCUUA